AUGGACACAGAUAACAAGGGUCAUCUGGUCCUGGGGCUGGCCUCCGCGGCAGCAAGCGCGGCCGCGCUCGCCGCCCUAUGGCAGGCACGCUCCUAUCAGCGUCCUCUUGGAAUCUCGGACCUGGAUGACGAGGCGCGCGGCGUGCUGGAGGCGGCGCGGUCGCUGCAGCGGGCGUCGGGGGCGGCGGUGGUGCAGCCAGAGCACGUCAAGGAGGCACUCGAGGCGGUGGCGCGCCUGCAGGGUGGCGGGGGCGGCCAGGGCGGCGGGGGUGGUGGUGACGGCAACCUUACUAAGGAGGAGCUCGAGGAGACGAUGAAGAAGAUGCUGGCGGGGUGA